AUGUGCUCAAGGAAUUCAAGCUUCAGCAAUCUUUUACUGGAGGAGAGUUGGAGUGAACUGCCCCUAAAAGUCAACGAUUCAGAGGACAUGUUGGUGUACGGUGCUCUGUGCGAUGCCCUCAAUUCCGGGUGGACCAUGCCUUCAUCUUUGAAUCGAGAACUUGAUUUUGAAGCAACCACCAGUGAUUUCAACAGCAUUGGUCUGGCGACAAAGGAGAAACGGGAGAUGGUGGAGUGCGAAGUACAACUGCCGGUUGAGAAGAAACACUAUAGAGGGGUAAGGAGGCGGCCAUGGGGAAAAUACGCGGCGGAGAUGAGGGACCCCAAGAAGAAUGGGGCAAGGAUUUGGCUCGGGACAUAUGAAACGCCCGAGGAUGCAGCAUUGGCCUAUGACCGGGCCGCUUUUAAGAUGAGGGGGUCCAAGGCCAAGCUCAACUUCCCUCAUCUCAUUGGCUUGGCCGAGUAUGACCCUGUCAGGGUCAGAUCCAAGCGUCAGUCCACCAAGCCUAGCUCGCUGUCCAUGUCCAGCGAUGAUGACUCAACGACAAGAACGAAGAGGAGAAGGAGAGAGGUCGACAUGAACGACAAGAACGAAGAGGAGAAAGAGAGAGGUCGACAUGGAUGCUGA